AUGGCAGAAGAAAUGCUGUUUGGACAUCAAAAUGAAGCAUUUGAGUAUAUGGACGAAAGGACGGAUGAUACUGUAAGCACGGAGUCAGGCUUCAUAACCCCUACCAGAGUUCCUUACACACGAUACCGAUUGAAACGACAUAACUACAAACUUAAUACCGAAGGUAUCAGCAAAUCGGGGGAUGAAGAAGUUGAUAAGAUGAAGAAACUGGACGAGAGUCCAUCGGAAGAUUUACCGUCGUCAUGGUUGGGUCGUGUCAGAAAAUCAUUUCAAGGAGAUUUCGGAUCAUUAUGCUUGUUAACAUUUCUCUAUUUACUGCAAGGCAUCCCUUUAGGUUUGAUUGCAGCCAUUCCACUUGUACUGUCCAGUAAACAUGUAUCAUAUGGUCAACAAGCGGUCUUCUCAUUUGCACAUUGGCCUUUUAGUGUGAAGUUGCUUUGGGCACCAAUUGUGGAUUCGGUUUACUGGAAACGUAUAGGUCGUCGGAAAUCGUGGAUGGUUCCAUGUCAGUAUCUUAUUGGCAUUUUUAUGCUUUCAUUGUCCUACAGAGUUUCCGAAAUUAUGGGUGAUAAUGGUGCAGAUUCAAAGCCGCCAAAUGUGUUCUUAUUAAUGUUUUUGUUUUUGCCAUUGAAUUUCCUUGCCGCUACACAGGAUAUAGCCGUGGAUGGUUGGGCGCUUACCAUGCUUUCUAAAGAGAAUGUUGGGCAUGCAUCGACUUGCAAUGCAGCAGGUCAAACAGCUGGCUUUUUCUUGGGAAAUGUCAUGUUUUUAACGCUGGACUCACCCGAUUUUGCCAAUCGUUUCUUCCGUAAUAAGCCGGAGCCGUUCGGCCUAAUAAACCUGUCCGGUUAG